AAAUAUAACAUUAUAAAACACUAUAAACUAUGUCCAGACUUUAAAUACAUAAGAUGAGCUUCCAACUGCCGCUGCCACCCCUCCUCGUCGCUGGAGAAGAAGGUUUCCGCAGCCGCCAUGCGGACGGUCUCCUUGUGAAACUACUAUGUUCAACAUGGAGUCUAAGGUUGUUUGAAAUUUGUAGACGCAAGAUUUGUAAUAUUGCCGCUGCAGAGGGUCGCGAGUGCUAUUGUGGCAAAAAAAAAAAAAAGAACAUCUUAACCACCCACGAUCUACCAGGUCAUCGCACGAUCUGCAACUGCCUCUCCAGUCUCCACACCACCACCUCCUCCGGUUAGCCGUCGUCUCCUCAUAUACUCAACUCCAUCUACCACCUCUCCGUAUUCUCCAGUUCACACACAGUCACGCGCGCAAGCAAACAAGCAAGCCUUCACCCAUGGCGCCUCUCCUCCUGCUCUUCCUCCUCGGCGCCCUCUGCGCCCUCUUCUCCCUCACCUCCUCCUCGAGGAACAGCACCAAGAAGUGCGACGGCGGCGGCAGCCACGGCAAGUGCGGCGACGACGGCCAGUCAAGAGCCAAGAACGGCAGCGAGCAAGAACAGGGGCAGGAUAGGAAGGUGCGGCCGGACCCGGAAGCGGACCUGGGCAUCGUGUUCUCGACGUUUGACCACGACGGCGACGGGUUCAUCACAGCGGUGGAGCUGCAGGAGUCGCUGCGGCGGCUCGGCAUCGCCGUGUCCGCGGACGAGUCCAAGGCCAUGGUGGCCCGCGUCGACGCCAACAGCGACGGGCUCAUCGACAUCCCCGAGUUCCGCGAGCUCUACGACUCCAUACCCAAGAAGAGGAAGCCGCAGCAGCCCGCCGAGGCGGAGAAGUUUGCCGCCGGCGAUGGCGGCAGCGCACCGAUGGUGGAGAACGAGGAAGAAGCCGAGGAGGAGGAGGAGGAGGAGAGGGACCUGCGGGAGGCGUUCGACGUGUUCGACGGCAACAAGGACGGGCUCAUCUCCGCCGAGGAGCUUGGCACCGUGCUGGGCUCGCUCGGUCUUCGCCAGCACGGCGCAAGCCGGCCGGCCGUCGCCGAGUGCCGCGACAUGAUACGCCUCGUCGACAGCGACGGCGACGGCAUGGUCAGCUUCGAGGAGUUCAAGCGCAUGAUGACCGUCGUCAAGGCCUAGCUCCUCCCGCUCCCUCCUCGCAAAGGCAAGUACCGUUAAUUUGUUCUUGGAUCGGAAGAGACGCAUCAGGUUGGUAGGAGAAGCAAUCAAUUAAUUCCAAGACCUCGUAUUUGUUUUCUGGGGAGUUAAAGCUAAAAAUAGCUUCUUGCCAAGUAUUUCUCCCCUGUUUUUGAAUCUUGGUCACUUCCUUUCGUUCGUUCCUUUUUUUUCACCCUCUUUUGCAGUCUAAUUAUUUCCUACUUCUUUUCAGUUCUUGUUUUUGUUUUGACCGACAGAUAUCAGAUUCAGACAUGUAUGUAAAUAUCAGUUCUUGCUCGCUGUCAGGUUAAUUUGUGGAUUAAGAACAACGGAUGAAUGGAAUCUCAAUGGAUAUAACUUGUUA